AUGAAAACGGUGAGAGGAGAUGGCGCCGACUGCGGCCGAGACGACGCGAGGUGCUGGCCCCUCCAAAAGAGCGGGUUGGCACCACUGCGGGGCGUCGAGGAGCAGCAACGGCACAGGCACGAGCGACGGGCGCACGCGCAGAGCGAGGCCAGGAGGAGAGACAGGACGGCGCUGGGAGCGAGCAGGGCUGGCAGGCCUGAAGAGAGAAAGCGGGAAGGAAGGAUAGAGGCAGGUAAUGACAGAGGGACAGUCAUAAGCACUAACAAUUUCAAUGCAGUGACAGGAAAGGAGAGGACGACGAGGACCGAGCAGAGGAUGGAAGACACGGACUGGAUAAAGGAAGUUAUAAAGGAAAUAAGGGAGGUAGGACAGAAAAUCGAGCGGCAGACCAAAGAAAUCAAAAAGGAACUGAAAGAGAUGAGAAUACAAAUAGAAAGGCUGGAGAAACGACAAAGGCAGAGCGAAGAGAGUGAGGGGCAGGAUGAGACAGAGGAAAUAGGAUCGGAUGAGAGCAGUGAACGAAGGGAAGAAGAAACGAAAGAGGUGAGGGAGUACAGCGACGGAGCGGUAAGGGGGAAGAGGGCAGUAAAUGAGGAAGAAGAGAGUGACGUAGAGGGAUGGAACGAGGGAGGAUGGGGAGAAAGUUGGUGGAAUGAGCUAAAAUUACCCAAGCUAAAUUUACCGACAUUUUCGGGAAACUACGAGGAAUGGUUCCCAUUUUUCGACACCUUUCACGCCCUUAUACACACGAGCGAAUCUCUAGAUGACGUACAAAAAUUAUAUUAUUUACGCGCUUCCUUAACGGGGGAUGCAAAAAAUAUUAUCGGCGCGUUGGAAAUUUUAGCCGUAAAUUAUCAAGUCGCGUGGAGGUUACUCAAGGAACGGUAUGAUAACAAGCGGGUAAUUACUCAAAGCUAUAUUCGAGCUAUCAUGGAUCUACCUUCCAUGACGCGAGAGAACGCGUGCGAGAUGCGUCAAAUCGCGGACGGUGCGUCAAGGCACAUACACGCCCUUCAGGCAUUAAAAAGGCCCACGUCUCACUGGGACGAUCUCCUCAUUUUCUUGUUGAGCAGCAAGCUCGAUACCGUAUCAUUGCGAGAAUGUCAAAUGUUGGAGGCCACAGGAAAAUCCAAUUCUACUACAGCCAAGGUUGAUACGCGCUUCCCUGCAAAAACGAAACGUCAGGCUGCCUGCGCAGCAUCUGUUAAGUUCAGGUGCGCCCACUGCAAGGAGGAACAUUCAAUAUAUUUCUGUCUUAAGUUCUUAGCAUUUACAGUUCAUCAGAGGAUAGCGGAGGUACGUAAAGCUAAAUUGUGCGCAAAUUGUCUGCGAUCGACGACCCAUAACGAUGGCAAAUGCGUCUCUGGAGCCUGCAAGACAUGCAAGAUGAAACACAAUACAUUAUUGUACCUCGACACAAGUAUCGCCGAAUCGCAGGGGCGGGACGAGAAGUCACAAAGUAUUGAAGCGUCAACGACAUCAUUCACAACAGUGGUCACGCACGGUUUUAGUUAUUGCUUCGACGAACAUAUUAUGCUGGCAACGGCAGUUAUCUACGCAUUCGAUAACAAGGAAUCGCGCAAGCCAUGUCGCAUAUUGUUGGAUUCUGGUUCGCAAGCCAAUUUCAUCUCUAAAAGGUUCCUAGACGUACUCAAUAUCAAGGCGAAAGAUUCUAAUAUUUCCAUUUUAGGAAUAAACAACCACUUCUUUGCAAACAGCCCAGAUACAACUGCAGUCACGCAUUAG